CUCCUAACCAGUCAACAUUCAGCAGCACAGCGGUCGAGUGUAAUUCCCAUUACAGCGGGCGGGUCCUCUGUGAGUCAAGUCUCGUCUCUUAGCAAUAAUCCUGGGGAAUUUCUCCACAUUGCGCCGAAAACUUGGACACACGAUCGCCGGGACGACAGGGAAUCUCAACCGCGCGAGGAAAUAAGGUAUGGCAGCCAUAAGGAAAAAGCUGGUGAUCGUGGGCGAUGGAGCCUGUGGAAAGACUUGUCUACUUAUAGUGUUCAGUAAAGACCAAUUUCCAGAAGUCUAUGUGCCCACCGUGUUUGAGAACUACAUUGCAGACAUUGAAGUAGACGGCAAACAGGUGGAGCUUGCAUUGUGGGACACAGCAGGACAGGAGGACUACGACCGUCUGAGACCCCUGUCGUACCCAGAUACAGACGUCAUCCUCAUGUGCUUCUCCAUAGACAGUCCAGACAGUUUAGAGAAUAUCCCAGAGAAAUGGACGCCUGAGGUGAAGCACUUCUGCCCGAACGUUCCCAUAAUCCUUGUUGGGAAUAAGAAAGAUCUGAGGAAUGACGAGCACACACGGAGAGAGCUGACCAAGAUGAAGCAGGAGCCAGUUAAACCAGAGGAGGGCAGGGACAUGGCAAAUCGUAUUAGCGCAUUUGGCUACCUGGAGUGCUCUGCCAAGACUAAGGACGGUGUGAGGGAGGUAUUCGAAAUGGCCACUAGAGCAGCGCUGCAAGUCCGCAAGAAAAAGAAGAGGAGCGGCUGCCUGCUGUUGUGAGAGAAAUUUCCGGCCUUUUUUUUUUUUUUUUUUUUUAGAAUGACCCGGAAUGUUCUGUUACUAUUUCCAACUGACCAGGAAAUACCAAACUCUACAAGAUUUUUGACCAAACAGCAUAAAUACACUGUAUUGUAUGUCACAUUUCAUGCAAACCAGGUAACAGGUGCGAAAUGUAAAGAAAGUUCAUAAAAUAUGCAUUAAAAGAAUGGGGGCUGGGCAACAAAACAGGUUACAUCAAUAAAUGACACGCCUUGAUUUGGUUUUCCUCUGUGGCACAAUGUUUCUCCGCAUAAAAAUAGUUUAAUCUCCAGCUUGUCCUGUAAGGAUGAAGUAAACAAUAACUCUAUUGUAUUUUUGCACAUUUAUCAUUCAGCCAUUAUAACCUCGAUGGAAAUGUUUUUCUUUUGAACUAUUGCAGAUUAUGUUUAUCUAAAUGAAUAGAAAAAGAGCACAACAUUUGGUGAUGGAAUCAGUGCCUUUGUGAACGUUCCCUCCAGAAUUUGAAUGUACUUUGCAAAGUGCUAGUUUUAAAUUUUUUGUGGACUGUACAUGCUUUUUGAGUAGUGAAUAACUUAAAGCUAAUUAAAUAUAUUCAAAAAUGCAAAAUCUUUAUAAAUAAUGGAUAUAUUUAUAGCUUAGGAGCCUUCCCUAAGAACCAGAAAUUAUAGCACAUAAAUAUAAUGAGAAGGCCCAUUCACAAAGCCAACUGCCAGAUGGGAGUGUGACAUUUUUAAUUUGUAUUAUCCUAUCCAUCCUCCACACAGGCAUAAACACGCAUAUGUACACAUUGACUGUGCUCUGUAGAUACUAAACUGGUUGAACCUGCUACGGGUAUCCUCUGAGAGAGCUGUCACCUAAUCUGACUGCAUUGUCGUUACAUUAGCUGGCUUAAAGGACACAUGCUCAAGUCUUGUUAAUGGAAAACACUAAUUUUUUCAGAUGAGAUCACCUUUGAAUGUUUCUAGUCCUAAGAAAUGUCAAAUAAAUAGACAAACUGGUGAUUGUUAGCAAACUUAUAUUUGUUUGAAUGAAUAGUUCACCCAAAAAUUCUGUCUCAUUUACCCCAUAACCCUGUGCUGUAAUUUUUUGAAUUUUUGAAGAAUCUUAUGGUAGCUUUUUCAUACAGAUCAUAGCAACCAGCUCCAAAAAUAACCAAAACCAAUGUAAAAGUAGUCAAUACGAUAUGUGCACUGUAUUCUGAGUGUUCUCAAGCCGUAUGCUAGGUUGAAAUGAAAAUAUUAUAUCCACAUAUUCAAACUGGUGCAAAGCUUUCAGUUAUGAUGGAAGCAAGAACAAAUAGCAUUUCCGCAAUAACGACAACCUGGCACAACGUGUCGAUGUGGAGUUUUUGAAUCCGAAUGCAAAUAAUAUUUCAGAGCUUCGGCCGAGAGUAAAGAGGGUCACACACCGGACGCGUCUGCCGGACGACAUGGCGCGUCCUAAAAUUCUAAACGAUUGUUUUCUAUGAAUGUACGCACACCACCGCCGCUGCUCGGUGUCUGUCAGCGGCACCCACCUACAACUCUGGAGGCUGCUCAAAUUUCUGCCAUGCCACGGAGCGCAACUUGCUUAUUUUCCAUUCAGUUCGACCCAAAUCAUUAUCGAUGGACAUAUAUUGUUAUUACCUGUGCCGUGUCCUAGCUGUGACGUGGCAUGGUGCUUCUCGUCCAGUGUGCGACCGCCUUUAGAUUAUCAGUGAAUAACGACUUAAAUGUCUAUAUGGUCCUUACACAAAGCUAUCAAAGCAUACAAAUUCUUCAAAAAUAUUUAAUUUUCUGUUCCACCGAAAAAAAUACAAAAAUAAUGGAAUACAAGUUUAAAAGUUUGAGUUCAUAAUUCAUAUUUCUUUAACCCUUAAAUGGGUGUUUUGCCAAACAUUAUUACAUACCUCGGAUCUUUAGCGACCCGGCAUUCAUAUCUAUCACAAAUUGAUCUACAAAAUGCCCAGAUAGUGUAGCAUUUUCAAAGCAUUUUUAAGACAAUUAGAAAUUAACAGAAUAUUCUGUUAUAUUUUGGCAUUUUAUUUUUCCUGUCAAGGAGAACAAAUGAUAGAAUGGUAUUCAUUACUUCCACACUGAAAUUUUAUGAGACUCAACUGGCCUUAAAACGCAUAUUGAGCUAAGCUACACAUAAGUUACAUAUACGUAUUUCCUUACUUAUUGAGUCUAAUCAGACGUACAGCACCCAAAUGGCAAUAGCCGUAUAAUAAUGUUCACGUGUUGUACUUGCUAUAUUUUACUUCCAUGUUGCUUAUUCGUCAAAUAGCAAUGUCAAAUGUAAUCAAGUCAAUCCCUAAAACAACAGCGCCACUUUGAGUAACAAAUAACAUGUACAAAAUGUAUUUGUACACGCAUUUAGGAUACUAUUAAUUCACCACCAUUGCGCAGAAAGUCGACAUGAUGUAUUAUUUGUAUGACAGAUUCCUUUCUAUGUUCCUCAUUUUUAAGUCGCUUUAGAUAAAAGCAUCUGCUAAAUUUGGACUAAAUGUGAAUGUAGUAAUAAUUUGUAUGAAUAUGCCACAAAUUUUUCCUGUUACACACAAAGAAAUAGUUAUCCUAUGGAAGUAAACUUAAAUAGAUAUGAAUCAUAAAAAAAUGCACAAAUUAAAAAACAAUUAUUCAGAGAAGUGGAAAUAUAUAUAUUGCAACUCCAUUACAUAUCUCGGGUCAGAACAGACUUUUUUGGCAUAACUCCAAAAAAAAUGGAUGAGGUAAAGGAGGUGGAAUGAGGUCCCGGGUCACUAAAGACCUGAGGUAUGCAUUUAAGGGUUAAUGAGGUUUGUUUGGGUAGUAUGAAGACGCCUUGAAUGCCUUCCCAGUUCCCACAGAUAUGUGUGCCUUUAGUCGUCAGUCUUUUAAUGCAAAUGGGUUGAGGAGCAAGUAUUGGGUAAUGCUGAGCUAAGCCGGAUGAAUGUUUAUGUGCACCAAGGCGUUUUGUCACAUGAUCAGUGUUAUAACAUUGCAAUCAUGUGUUCGGGCUAUAGCACACUCAACUCUAGUAGUAAAACCAUAGCUAAGCUGUGCAGCGUUGCAUUUGUCAUUGUCUAGAAGAUCUGUAGCUUUCGAUUGUUGUUGUAUGUUCCAUAAACAUAAUUUCCUCUGCUGUCCCAUGCUGGUGCCAUGAGAUAUUUGACCUGAGCUGAGUUAGUAGUGCCACACAAAUCUGCCCUGUGUUGAGUGUUUCAGAGUGUUGAACUUCAAGCAAGCAUGGUGUAGCUCUUUUUCUCUCGACCUCUACUGUAGAGUAAGACGGUUUCAGACAAUGUCCAGGUCAAACUUCAUUCCAAGAUCAAAAGAAAAGCAUAAUAUUUUGCUAAAAGAAAAAAUGAAGCCUGUUUUUUUAUUACCAUUUUUUUUAUUUACCCUUUUUUUCUUUGGUGUGUGUGGGGGGGGGGGGGAUGGGGGUUGCUUAACUGUCAUGAAAAUAUCACAAUGCAAAGGAAAAAUAAAUCUUAAUGGUCCUUAACAUAGGCUUAAUUUUUUUAACGCAAUUUAUUUUUUUUAUUAUUAUUUUUUAUUUUUAUUUUUUUUUUUUUGGGAUGAAAUAUGACCUGUACAUUUCUUGAUUAGAUUAAAUUAAUAUUCUUAGGGAUCGUAAAGACAACGCGUCCUUGCGUUACAAAAAGCUAGAUGCAGCGCAAUGAAUAUACCUGAACGUAUUUGUCUCGAGAUGCAUUUUUAAAAGUUUAAUGGGCCGUUCAGAGCAAACAUAUUCUUGCGCUAAAAAAAAAAAGCAAGACACUGCAAAAAAAUUAUAAUAAUAAAUAAAUAACUGAACGCAGGUGCCUCGACAUGCAUUUUUAAAAAUUUAAGGGGCCGUUCAGAGUGAACAUUCUUGCGCUAAAAAAAAACAAAAAUAAAAAAAAGCAAAACACAGCACAACAAACAACUGAAUGUAUGUUUCAUGUUUCAGCACAUUUCGUAAGGGUUAAGGCCAUGACGAUACAAAGCCCACCCCAGCACCCCCUUAUUCCAGCCCCGAACAAAGGGUGUCUUAAGAAGCGUUUUUACAAGCUAACAUUCUUUUUAACUUGACAAGCCAUCACUGAAAAAAACAGUUGGAUGCGGCGCAACAGUCAAAGAUGUCAAUCUAGCGCAUAUUUACAUAGAAAAACAAUUACAAAAUGGCGCAGACAGACGCAUAAGCGCGUUCGGUGUGAACGGGUUGUUUCAUGUCUAGAUCCGGCAAGUAGCACAUAGUACGCUAAACUUACCAUCUAGGAUGGUUGUUCAUGAACACUAGGGACACUGUGCCGUGGAAUAUUAAGUUAAUAAACAGGGCAUUAUUAACACAUACUGAAAUGCACUGACUGUACAAUACAAUGUACAAGCAACAUCCUAAUAGACAAAGUACAAACUACACCACACUACUCGCAAAUAAGAGGAACAAGUUCUGUAAUCUUGUAUGUAUUGAUUUGUGGAAUCAUUAAUGAAAACCUUGUCAUUAAAAAAAACUUGUUAUUAAAAAAUGUAGAUGUGACUACAGAACUGGGUCCAUUGGCGUCUGCAUGAGCAAAUUCCUGGUUACUACAGCAACCGGUCUUGGCAUACAGAGUUCCUUAUCGGGCUCUAAAAUCAAUCUUCUGCUGUGUUCAUAUGGUUGCUUCCUUUUUUCUGGAAGUAUUAAAUACGAUUUAUUCAUCCAGAUUUUUAUGAGCGCUCAUAGUAACAAUGCUUUGUAAACAGGACUAGUAAUGUAGUAAAUGUUUGAAUGAUGUAAAACCAACUUGUGUUAAUAAACUAUUUUUUCGAAACA